AUGAGAUAAAAUUAUUUUAGAUAAUAAAGAGGAUCUGCUACUGCAAAUUCUAAUGUAGUGCCUCCACUUUAAAUUAAGAGAUAAUAGAGUACAAAUAAAAUUACUGCAUAACCAUCAAUAGGGAGUCAUCUUAGACAAAUUAUGAAAUAAUAAUUUAUUCCCACUACUUCCACUAAUAAUAUGCAAAAUGAAAUAAUAAGAACACAAGAAACAUAAUUGUAAGAAGUACCAUUUGAAUUACAAGAUAUAAAAAUGUAUCAAAUUUUAAAGGUUCUUGGACAUGGUGCAACGGCAGAAGUUAAAAUGGCAAGGCAUAAAAUGUUAGAUAUUGUUGUUGCUAUUAAAGUAUAUGGAAGUCAUGCAAAUACUAAUUUAUUAGAAUAAGAAGUUGUUAUAUUAUAACUUUUAUCUCAUCCAAAUAUAAUAAAGUUGUAUUAUUAGUUGAAAACAGAAUAAAAUAUUUAUUUGAUCUAAGAAUACUUUUCACCAAUGACUUUAGAUUCCUAUUUGAAAGGCAGAACAAUAAAAAGGUUAAGCGAAGACUAAGUAAAAAUUAUAGGCAAAUAAUUAACUAAUGCAAUAAUAUAUUUACAUAAUUUAAAGAUAAUACAUAGAGAUUUAAAAUUAGAAAAUAUAUUAAUAGAUCCAUAAACAAUGAAAAUUAAAUUGAUUGAUUUUGGUUAUUCCAUUUAAACUGAUAAAGAAUUAUCUAUUUAAUGUGGAACUCAUCAAUAUAUGGCUCCUGAAUUAAUUAAGUAAUAAAAUUAUGACAAUAAAGUUGAUGUUUGGGCAUGUGGAGUUAUUCUAUUUAGAUUAUUAACUGGAUUGUUUCCAUUUAAAGGAAAUAAUGAAAGUGAACUAAAUAAAAAGAUUAUUGCUGGUAAAUUAGAAUUUCCAUCAUUCAUGAAUACAAGUUCAAAAGCAUUACUUUAAGGAAUGUUAAAUGUAAAUAGCUAAUUAAGGACUUUGAUAGGUUCAGAAUUUCUUUAAUGAUAAUUUUUUUAAUUUAUAUUCAGUUAUAUGUUUCAAAAUAAAAUAGAGUAAUCAAAAACAGCAUUCUUUUGGGAUGUAUACAAAUGAUUUCAAACUUAGAUUCUAUUAGGCACUUAUUCGCCUUAACUACCACAUCCUUCAUUCAAUGAAAUAAAUAAAACAUCAGUUGACCAACCACAAUAUCGAACUUUAAAAAUGGAUAUCCCAAGAACUCGUUCUCAAUUACUUUAACCUCAAAUGCAUAACAUUCUUGAAAAAAUAAUUAUUUUCUUUUGUUAAUAGGAAAAUAUUAGUUACAAAUAAGGGAUGAAUGAAAUAUUUGCUGUUGUAGCAGUCUUUAAUGAAAGUGGACUUUCAUGGGAAAAAGUUUAUGAAUAUUCUCGUAAAAUCAUUCUUGAUAACAAUUUCUUUAAAGAUGAAGAGUUCUUGUCAUUACAAGUGGCUUUUUAAUGGAUAAAUUUGUUACUUAAAUUUCAUGACUUCUAAUUAUAUGAUUAUUUGGAUAAAAAUUUACUUUCACCAGAACUAUAUGCAACACCUUGGUUAUUGACACUAUUUGCAAAUAAAAUGUCUUUAGAAUGUACUUAUCUAUUUUGGGAAAUGCUUUAUAUUAAAAAAGAUUAAUUAAUGAUAUAUUUUUUUGUGAUUGCUGUUAUCAUUUACUUUAGAUAGAAAUUACUAUCAAUUGAUUCUUCAUUAUUACCAUAAACUUUAAGUGGUAUUUACAUAGAUAAUGUUGAAAUAGUUAAGAAUAUUUAUAAAAAGUAAGCAUUAUAAUUAUAAAUAGAGCAGUUGAUUUAAAACUAAAUACUCCAUCUUCUGCAUGUAUACCUUCAAAAAUAUUUGAUUUACCAAAAGAUGAAAUAAUAAUACUUAUGAAUUAUUAUUAACAACUUGAUUGUUUGUCUCUUAAUUACACAGAAUCUCUUAAACUUGAAACUAAUUAAUGUCGAUUAUGUUCUAAUAAUGGAUGUGUUUAAUGUAGAGUUAUACGAAUGCCUCCUGAAAUGAAAUGCUUCAUCUAGACAAACAAACAUUUACAAGAAUUAGUUCAAUAUAUUGGAGGACCUAUUAAAUAAUAUAAGGUUGUAGAUAAAGUCUAAAAUUUAUAAAAUUAAAUUUAGAUAAUUAAAUAUUCUAAGUUUUAAUCUGAAUAAUAAAUUAAACAGAGUUAUAUUUGUUUUCAAUAAUAAUAAUAAUAGUAUUAAAAUACUGAAGAGGAUACUAUAAGUACAAGAUCUUAGAAUAGUUUUUAUAACUCUUAAAUUAUAGUUCCAUUUAAGUUCAAUAAAUUAUAAUUGUAAUAAUAAUUAUAAAAGUAACCAGAUGAUUAAUUUGAUUCUAUACGAUCUUAAGACCAAUCAAACAUAUAAUAAUCUUCAUCAUAUAGAUAAUCAUCCAUUAUUGAAUCCAACAUUUUGUAAAAUAUACAUUUAAAUAAUACUUCACCAUUUGAAAUCUAACCACUUAUUCUAAAAAAAGAUUCAAGAACUAAUUCUUUAAAAUAAGAUCCAAUAAAAAGAUAUGAAAAUAAAGGAUUGUUUAAGAAAUUGAAUUUAGAAAUAAAUUAACUUAAUAAUAUCAAGUUUCACAUUUUUAGAUGUAAAAUUAUUGGAACUUAAAAACAAAGAAUACUUAUUAUAAAUUAAGGAUUCAUAUGUUUAAUAAAAGAAGAUAAAUCAAAUUAUUCCAAAUUAUAAGGAAUCUAAUAAUAAAAAUAAAAAUAAUCUUAAAAAACAGAACAAUAAAUUCAAUAAAUUUCUAUUUAAUAUUUAUAUUACAUGAUAUUUUUAAAAAGAAUCAGCAGCAAAAGAUUAAAUAGUAAUGUUAUCUCAUUUUAUUUUAAAUAACCAAUGUUAAAUGUAUAAUAUUAUAGUUAUUUUAGUCAUAGUAAAAUAUAAACCAUCAAUUUUUUAAUUUAUUUAAAGAAUUUCAUAUGAAUGUAGACAAUGAUUACAUUAAUGAAGCUAAAAGAAUGAUUAAGACAGAAUAUAAAAUAACACUUGAAAUGUUAAAUACAUAAGAAGCGUAAAAUUGUAUAGAAAUGGGUAAACAAUAUUACAAACAAUGUUAAUUUUGA